AUGUCAACUGAAAAGACUGUUUAUUACAUUGCAUCAAAACGCCAAUGGACCGAUGAUGGAAACUCUUAUAUGAAAAAACUUAUUGCAAAAAAUCCAUAUUCAACACGAGACGAUAAACUAAAGAUGGAGGCCGAUACCGGAAUUUCAUUUUCUAUCAUAAACAGCAAGAUGCAAUUUAUAAGGCCACAAUCGAAGAAAGAAAAAGUGGUGGCCACACUUGAAGACGUAGUAGAAAAAGAACGCGGCGCUGCUCAAUAUUUCCUUAAUAUUAUUAGUAUGGAACAAUGCAUGGAAUUAUAUGAUACUAUGAUGAAACAUGAAGUUUAUAAUGAAAUUAUUAAUGAUGAACACAUUCAGCCAAAAUUAAAUCGAGAACAUUUGGAAAUUAUGACUGGUUCCUCCACAGGACAUGACGGUUCUUAUUUUGCCAAGUGGUUAUCUUGUUUGAUUAGUGAAGAAGAUCGUUUAUCAGUAGAUUAUGGCAGAUUAACUUUAUGUCGUAAUAGUAAAACUUAUUCUGUUGUUAAGGAACAAAUUAAUCAAACAUGCUCACAUUUAUGUGACUCACUUGGCUGCGUAUUAAAAGAUCAUCUUAGAGUAGAGUCGAUGGAAAUGAACAUCAGUAGAAGAGAUUGUGAAGGUAUUAUAUUAUCAAUAAUUCCGGCAAUAACAACAUCACCACCACAUAUUAAGAAGGCUACACCAUGUGAACACGGCCUGGUUGAUGAUGGUCUUCUUAUGGAAGGAAAAUUUCUUUGUAAUAGUCGACCUUUUUCAUAUGCUAAACUUCCACCUAAUACUAUUCGAACAAACAUUCACCUACUUGAACGACUUAGUUUUUAUAAAAUCAGUAUUGAUGAAUAUGAACAAGCUUAUGAACAUUUCCACAUACCUCUUCAACAUAAACUUGCAUCACGUGGUGUUCAACUAUUAAAAGAAAACCUUGAUUUUAUCCCAUACUACCAUAGAUAUCAUCAAAUGGAGGUGGUUGAUGAAAUUGAAAAAAUGAAAUUAGAUGGUAAAAAUACACAAAUUGGCUUUCGUUAUUUUAUUUCGGUUCCUAACAAACAAAUUAUAAAUAAUGAUAAUCAAACAAUGACUUACCUUGUUGAAGAAGAAACGAAUACUUCAAAUUCACCAACUGUUGAAAUCAGUAUCUUGGGAGCUGCUGUUGGCACAACUCCAUCAAUUCCUUCUGUUGUCAAUCCAAUAUCACCAAAUAUUGUACUCCAUGAUCUUGAUGACGAUGCUGAUUUUUUAAACAAACUGCUCAAACAAUCUAACAUUCUUCAAAAAUUAAAAAGAAUGCUGGAUGAGGAACAAGAAGUUGAAAAUUGUUCUAAACGAUCAAAAUAUAUUUCAUAA